AUGUCCGCUACAAAAGGGGAUGAUGAUCACGACGCAUCUCCAUUCUUAGUCCGUCUGUUCCAUAAGACCGGCAGCUUUCCCAGGCCAGAGGAAUUUGCAUCAUCUUCACUACCGCCAUAUGUGUCCAUCUACACUUGGUCAACCUGCACUCUCAAUGAGCUGGCCCUUGAGCUGGCAGCGGCAAAACCUAAUGCGUUGCCAAAUCCAGCCAUCGGCACAAGACUCUCAUUUCAACUUGUCUGCCCAGACUUACGCGGCGCAAGUGCUACUAGUACUACGCAGCCCAAGUUUGCCGUUAAAGAGCUAGGGAGCAUCGUCAUUGGCGAGGGCUAUCCCGGCGCGGAGGACCCUGAGGAUGCUGGCCCUGAUACCCUGAUGAGGGACGACUUUGGGAGAGACAAGACGUUGGCUGACUGGAGAUUUGUUGUUGGAGACUAUAUUUCAUGCGCGGGACUGCUAGAAGAGGGUCGAUAUCUGGCGGGCGAGAUGGGCGCAGCGGUGGAUUCAGAGGUGGGUUUCAUGGUCGAGAGGGCAAUUUUGGCCGCAACAAUGGUCGUCCAAACCGGCCAGGUUGGAGAGAUAACAGGCUUCCGUCAGGCGAAUGGAGAAGAGGAGAACAGCUACCAGAUGGGCCGCCUGGAGGGCCAAGGGGCAGGGGCCGCUGGUAGGCUAGAUGGGAUGUUUUCUCAGUGGUUGAGAUUGCGCAAAGGAUAUGAUAUACCCCAAGUAAUUUAG